GUGGAGGAGAGGCGAUCCGAGGCUUCGGCAGGUUCGGAGGGAGCAGAGCCGAAGCCCCUGUGGGGCCUAGCACAGUGACCCCGGGGACACGGAGGCCGGGCCGCGGAGCUGGACCCCUGCUGGGGCGACGGACGGGCAGUUGGGGCGGCCAGGAAGCGGACAGACAGACAGCAUCUCCCCCGCACCCCGACACUGCGGCACGGACCCCACCCACUGAGUGGGACUAUGGCGGGGCGAAGCUGGGCAGGGAUAGGGCUGUUGUGUUGGAUCUUGCUGGACGCUCGCCCUGCAGCCCCUCAGCCCAUAUCCCUGCUCCCUGGGGCUCCCCUCACCACCUUGGCCCAAUCUCCUCAAAGUGAAGCCUCUCUGCUGUCUCUAAACUUGGGGCUCAAUUUCAAGAUCCAGGUGCGGGGGUCUGGUGCCACCCGGGGGGGUGCCGUCACGGAGACCCAACCCGGCCAGGGUCCCGCAAGGGAGCCCGAAGGACUCCGCUCGGACCGUCCCGGGGGCUCACCACCGGAGUGGGGAUCUGCUGAGGGCAGCUCUCCCUCUUCUGGCACCUCCCUGACCUCCGAACCAGUCCCCAGCAGCCCCAGGCCCAUAGACAGGCUUCCCCACCUGCACCAGCACCGGCCCGGCCCAGCCUCCCUGGCUCCGGGCCCCACAGCUUCCCGGCCCCGCAGCAGUCAGCUGGAACUGGAACUGGAGGUGGCCCUGAGGGCGGGAGCCAGUCCCACUGCCGGGGGAAUGCUGGAGGGGCGCAGGGCCCUGCCCCUUCUGCCCAGCCUGCGAGUCAGCCUGGCGGAGAUCGCGGACCGCCUCGGGGCCUCCGGUUUCUUUGGCACCACCCUGUUCCCGUCACUGGCCCCGUCCCUGUCCCCGUCCCCCGAGGAGCUGGAGCCCCUGGAGGAGAAUGACACUGGCAGCACUCUGGGCUCGCUUUCCUCCACCAGCCCUGCCACAGGAGGGACCCCGACUGCAGGAGGGACCCCGGCCACGGGAAGGGCCUCGGUCACAGAGGGGGUCCCCCCACUUGGAGGAAGGACCCCAGCCACAGGAGGGAUCCUGGCGACAGGAAGGAUCUCAUCCCCAGCCUUCACUCCCAGCACAGAAGGCUCCUCCCCAACCAGACCAGAGGGCCCUACGGGCCAGCCGGACUGCUGGCCCGAGCCUUGUGACCCACUGGUCCUUCCAGAGCCCGAGGAGCGCCCCCCGGCAGCCCCCCUGGCUCCCCUGUUCCUGGCUCUGGAGUCCGACUGGACGGUGGCCCGGACCCACUGGGGGCUGGCUUGGGAGGCCCACGUAUAUGGGGCCGGGGCCCUGUUUGGGCUGGUGGCUUUGCUGGCCCUGCUGAGCCUGGCCCUCCUGCCCUGGCGCUGCCCUCCCGGGACUCCUUGCCUGGCGCUGCUGGACCUGCUUCUGUUCUCGGCAGGCACCGCCCACGCCUUCCCGCUCUUCUACGAUGCCUACGGGCACCAGGCCCGCCUGCCGGCCCUGGCCCGGCUGCUGCUGCGGGACUUGACCCUCCCUUGCCUGUCCGCCUGUUUGGGGCUGUCCUGCCUGCUGCUGGCCCGGCCCCGUUCCCCCCGCUGCCCCUGCGGCCUGGCGGCUCUGCUCCUCCUGCUCCUGGCCCUCUCGGCGGGUGCCGUCCUGGCCGGUGCCACCCACCGCCCGCUGCUGCCCCUGCUCCUGGCCUCCCGCGGCCUCACGGCCCUGGUGGCGGCCCUGCUCUCGGGGGCCUUGAUGGUCCUCUCCUGCCCGAGGAGCCGGAGGGCUGGUGUUCCCCACGGGGGCCCCUGCUCCCAGGCCGCCACCCUGACGCCCCUGACCCGGGGCCCCUUCCCCCGGCCCGGGCCCUGGCGGCGGGCGGCUCGCACAGCCCCUGUGGCGGGGGUCUUUGGGCUGCUGAGCGGGGGGCUGCAGGGCUACGCGGUGCUGCACACACUGGGCUACGGGGGCCAGCCCGGCCUGGGGGCCGCCUGGCCCUGGUGGGCCUUCCAGCUGGGGGCUCGGCUGGGCGAGGCUGGUGUGGCCCUACCCCUGGCGCUGCUCGGCCUCUACCCAGCCCUUUGCAGCCCUCGCCCGCCCCCGCGCUGUUGGGCCAAGCUGCUCCGCCUCUCGCCGGGGGCCUGGGCCAAGGGGCCCGGGGAGAAGCCGUCCCCGGAAGAGGCCGGUGGGCGAGCUGAGGCCGAGCUGGUGCCCCUGUGCGCGCUAACGGGCCCGGGCCCGGACCUGCUGCCCCUGGGCGGGGGCCGGGGCCUCGAGGGGGCGGCCCCGGCCCCGGCCCCGUCCUCAUCUCCGGGCAGCGACGGAACCGAGGACUUCUGCCCGCCAUCUCCCAUUGACCUGCGCCGCAGCAUCGCCGAGGCGCUCCUCGGCAGUGAGGCCCUGCUGGGCCCCGGUCUCCUCUUCACGGGCCCUGCCAUAUGUGGGGCCGGACAGGGCUCCCCGGAGCCCCCCUCUCCGGGCCCCUGGCCACCCGGCAGCAACGCCUCCUCCGACUCCCCAUUUGGACUGUCCCGAGACGGCUCAUCCGUCCUGCUCUGCUCCAGCCCCGACAGGCCCCCGGGCUUCCCGUCGGUCACCGACCCGGGCCGCUCUGGGCGCUGUUACCGGGCUCUGGCGCCGACCCGCCGGGCAUCCCCUGGACCCCUACUGCAGGAGCGGCUCCCGGAUGCCCACCGGCAGAUGGACGAGCUCAGCGUGGGCAGUGACACCAUAGACUUGUGAUACCAAGAGGAGGGGCCCCACCACUCCUCCUCCCCCUGCCUGGCCCCCAGAGCCCGCAUUGCCUGUGACCUGCACACUGUGGUCUACCCCUGCCCUGACUGGACCAGACUCCUUCCCCAGCCACAGUCCCUGGGCUCUCCUGGCCAGAGCCGGACCCUUCGUCUAGUGGGACUGGCUGAUUGGCUGGCUGGUUGGCUGGUUGGCUGGCUGGUUGGUUGGUUGCCCGGCUAGUUGGUUGGUUGCCCGACUGACUAGUUGGUUGGCUGGUUGGCUAUCUGGUUGGUUGGCUGGCUGGUUGGUUGGUUGGCUGAUUGGCUGUUUGGUUGGCUGGUUGAAUGGUUGGCUGGCUGUCUGGUUGGUUGCCUAGAUAGUUGGCUGGCUGUCUGGCUUUUCUGGUUGGUUGCCUGGCUAGUUGGCUGGCUGGCUGGUUGGCUGGCUGGUUGGAAGGGCAUUAGGGGAUGAGCAACUGAGAGGCCACUCUUCAUAAUCCCAGGGCCUCUUUCCUCAUCGUCCAGGUCCGGGGCUCCCCCAGGGUUGCCUCUAGCCCAGCUAGACUCUCCGAGGCAUUCACUUUGGCAUUCACCAGCAAUAACGCCACGAGGUGCCCCACCUGCCCCCACCCUUCGUGGGCAUCCUGAGGGCAUUCCCAAGGGCUGGGCUUCCUUGAGCCCCUCCCUCCCUUCCCCAGUACCUACAGGAACCUUCCAUCUAGUGGGGAACUUGGACCUUGCCUCCCCAGCUCCUGUCCCCCACACUGAAUUGACUCCUGUCCCCAAAGCAACACCCUUGACCUGUCCAGCAGUUUCCUCUCUGACCUGGCUCAAAGUGGCCACUUUUAGAGCUAAAUUAUCAAUAAAAUAUUUUCUGCAGAGAAGA